AUGUCUACGGAUACCCCUGGUCCGGGUAUACCUAAGGCAGAGCCUGUCGAGACCGACACCAAAGCCGAGGCUCCCAACAGACGUGCUUCCGGUGCCAGACGGUCGCGUCGCAAGAAGGACGACGAGGCCGAGACACCCAAAACCAAGGCGAAAGAGGCUAAAGAAGCAAAGGAAAAAGAUAAAGAAAAGCCGGCCCGUGGUCGUCGUCCUCGAGAAAAAUCGACAUCGACAGCAGCUUCGCGGAAAAAGGCCAAACUGGAGGCUGCUGGGGACGAAGCCACCUCGGGGCCUGCUGCUCUUCCGGCAGACUCCACUCCUAUUACUGCGCCUGCGCCUGCUCCUUCUCCUGCUCCUGCUCCUGCUCCUGCUCCUGCUCCUGCUCCUGCUCCUGUUCCUGUGCCAACCCACACCCCGCCAUACUCUCAAAGUCCUCAUCCCCCGGCUCCUACAUCUACCUAUACCCUGUCGCAACAAUACCCGCCUCGGCCACAGUCACAACCUCCGCCACCUCAGCCCACUCAAGCUCCUCCUCGCAAGAGUGGUCAGAACUUUGAUCCUAUUCGAUCCGCUUUUGACAAUCCUUCUCCUGCUCCUGCCUAUAGUCCGUCUACUCAGCAUGUGGUAUCACCGCGGAUCAACUAUCGCGCCAGCGCGUCGCCCGCGAUCUCCAGCAUCAUUGACCCGCCGGCGCAAAACGCCCACACUUUCCAAACACCACUACACCGCUCUACUUCCGGUCAUGUCUCGACCGUACACUCUCCAGCGCCUCCUGCCGCGGUACCAACACCUUCCCACCAAUCUCUAGCUCCUUCCCCGAUCCCAAUGUCCUCUCCGUCCCACGGAGCUACCCAUACUCCUCAACACAUGACACCUAGCAAUUAUGCUCCUUACACACCGUCUGAGCAGCGGCCCAUGCAAACACAGCCUCCCAAGUUGGAACUUUCCUCGCCCGCCAUACAGCCCCAAUAUCAGCAACAUCCUCCGCCGGCUCAAAUGCAGCCCCAGUCACAACCCCAGCCGCCGGCUCAAGCUCCUGUACCGGCUUCCACUCCACAGCGACCUGCUCAACCUUCUGACGCGAUGGACAUCGACACGAAGGAGCAACCUACACCCAGCACAAAAAAGGAGAAGGGCACAGGCACUGCGCCUUCUUCAAAAGCGCCUUCUCCCAAGCCUGCUCGCGCAGCUAAGGACGCUCCUGUGCUCCCUCAGGGUUCGGGUCUCAUCUCCAACGCACUUUUCGGUGGCACCGACGACUCAAAGUCACCGGAUGAGCGUAGCAUUCCCAAUAUCGUCGUACACGUUCCGCUGCUGCAAAAGGGCAACCACAUUGUCAACUUUGCGCAACUCGCUGAAGAACAAUAUGGUUUCGCUGCCCUGCACCCACGCCUAGCCGCUCACAAAGAGCGUCUAGCCCGCGUCGCAGCUGCAGGCGCCGUAUUAGAGCGCAAUGACAAAAGUAAAGGUGUUUCAGCAGGUGAAAGUGCCGACGAGGAUCUGAGUCUCGAUGUCGAUCGUGACAGUGAUAUGGAUGGAGAUGUUCCUAUGAGCGGUGCUGGGGCAGGAACCAACGGCGCGCCUUCAGAAACUAGCGAGGGCAAGAAGAAGCGCCGCAAGAAGGUGGAAGAGUACGACCGUGAUGAUCCUUUUGUUGACGACAGUGAAAUGGCAUGGCAGGAGCAGGCCGCUGCGAGCAAAGAUGGAUUCUUCGUUUACAGUGGCCCAUUGGUACCAGUUGGAGAGAAGGUCCAAGUGGAACGUGCCGACGGAACUAUCAAGCGUGGCCGUGGCCGUGGACGAGGAACAGGCAGAAGCCGAGCCCUCACCUCCCACCCGCAUGUUCCUAUCGCAGCCGCUGUGCCCAUUUCCCAAGAUACAGGUCUGCCCCUCCGUGGCCCAGGCUCAAGAGGCGGUACCUCGCGCCGCGCACGAACAACUAAGAAAGCCGCCGAGGGCGACAAGGGUACCCCCGAACGCAGCGGCUCCAACGCAUCCACCGCACACGAAGGCCGUGGCCGUGGUUCAGGCCGUGGUGGUACAAGCACCCGCGGGGCAAAGGUCUCAUCAGGGCCCUCCUCAGGACCUUCCCCGGGCUCGUCCACAUUGCCAAUGAUGGAUCUCGCUCCAGCUCCCUCAACCCCUGGUACACCAAUUUCCAACCCCAGUUCGAAUCUCGCCCCUGCGCCUGGUCCUAGUCCGUUGGCUGGGCCGGAGCUCGUUAUGAAAUAG